CUCUGUUGCCAGACGGUAGAGGCAUGGACCGGUGGCCAGGAUGUGGACAGUAGGGGUGCUUCUUGCAUGUACCUUAUGUGCGAUCCCUAAUGCAGAGCCCAAGACACUUGGGGAAAGCCUUGGGAUCAACACCUGCGACAGAGAAACUGACAUCGUCUUUGUUCUGGAUAUGUCAGUGGCUACAGAUUGCCUGAAUCUCGCUGAAGUGGCAAGAGGCUUUCUGAUAAUUGCCAACAGAUUCAAAGUGUUUCUUAGAGCUACAGUGGUGAUGCUUUGGGAAAAUUCUGUUGAAAAAAUGUGUAAUUUUAUUGAUAACAUCAGACUCGGAGGGUACUUCCGUUUUAUGAUGGAUCUAUGUUUCACACAAUCUUUAAAACCAGGUCUUUUUGAAAAGACUUUUACGAUGGCCACUAAACUAUUGACUGAAAUGACGGAGCAGAGACCGAGUGCCCUGAAAUUUAUUGUGUUCAUGAUAAAAGGUGAUUUUUCACGAUAUGAUGAUGGGAGACUGGAUGCAUUUAAGGAUUAUGCAGCCUCAAAUCCAGAUGUACAUAUACUAUCGAUCAUAUACGAGACCGACAUGGUUCAACUGAAGACAGAGAUGAAGUUCCUUGAUUUGAAAUCGAAAUUAUUCAUACGAGACAUUACCUCCCUGGACGAAGACAUCCGCAUCUUUCUAUGGAACAUCUGCCCAGUUUGUGUCGGAGGCAGCGGUUGGACAUAUUACGGCUUGAGAUGCUACCUUGCUGUGGAAUUUCCUGAAGACAUAACAUGGUUGGAAGCAAAACACCAGUGCCGGAUUCGCGGAGGUUACCUGACCACCAUCCGAAACUCUGAAGAAGAAGCAUUUCUAAACAAAUUGGUUCCCUCGUCGUCCGAUACGACAUAUAUUGGUAACUGUAUACUGCUAACAGCGCGUUGGUGUGACGUUGAUUAA